AAAACCCACAAAACCGAAAUUCACCAAUUACUCGAUCGAUCGAUCAAAUACAAAAUGGAGCAUCAGCAGCAUCACCAUGGCACCAUCACCAAGCUCACCAUCACGACAACAAUGGUGGGAUUGUUGUUGCUCCUCUGUCUCAUAGACACCACAGAAGCUGCCCAAGGCCUGGCCGUCUUCCACCUCAAGAACACUCCUUCAGCCUGCUACGGGAACCAGAACGAGGGAGACAUGAUAGCCGGGGUGAGCGACAAGCUCUGGAAUAACGGCCGAGCUUGUGGGAGGAGAUACAGAGUCAGAUGCGUAGGCCCUGCAAACUUAGUCCGCAAUGCUUGCAAAACCACCACUGCAGCCAUUAUAGUCACUGUCGUCGAUUACUGCAAGGCCUGCACCGGCGACCUCAACCUCUCUCGCGGUGCGUUCUCGAGAAUCGCUAAUCCUGAUGCUGGAAAAGUCCGAGUUGCAUAUGAUCCGAUCUAAUGAAGUUCUACAGGGCAUAUGCAGACGGUGAUAAUUACGUCUUAAGUUCCUACCACAAUAAGAGGGAGAGAUCAUAUAGUUACUUAACCAUCAAUAAAAAUACUGUAUGUUA